CAGGGACAGCUGCGGACAGGGGCCGAACCAGCUUUGUUCCCAGGGUGGCGCCCGCUCUCCAUCCAGGCCCUGCUCGGCUCCUGCCCAGAGCUGCUAUCCUUGGCGGGGCUCAGUGGGCCGCUGGCACCGUGGGUCCCCCCGCUAUGAGUGCCUAGAGACACGGAGCCACCAGGGUCUCUCUGUGUGGGGUGCAGGGCUCGAAGGAUGGGGCAGGACCAGACAAAGCAGCAGAUCGAGAAGGGGCUCCAGCUGUACCAGUCUAACCAGACAGAGAAGGCGCUGCAGGUGUGGAUAAAGGUGCUGGAGAAGAGCUCGGACCUCGUGGGGCGCUUUCGCGUGCUGGGCUGCCUGGUCACGGCCCACUCGGAGAUGGGCCGCUACAAGGAGAUGCUGAAGUUUGCUGUAGUGCAGAUCGACACGGCCCGGGAGCUGGAGGACGCCAACUUCCUCCUGGAGAGCUAUCUGAACCUGGCACGCAGCAACGAGAAGCUGUGCGAGUUCCACAAGACCAUCUCCUACUGCAAGACCUGCCUCGGCCUGCCUGGCACCAGGGCGGGUGCCCAGCUCGGAGGCCAGGUCAGCCUGAGCAUGGGCAAUGCCUUCCUGGGCCUCAGCCUCUUCCAGAAGGCCCUGGAGAGCUUCGAGAAAGCCCUGCGCUAUGCCCACAACAACGACGACACCAUGCUCGAGUGCCGCGUCUGCUGCAGCCUGGGCAGCUUCUAUGCCCAGGUCAAGGACUACGAGAAAGCUCUCUUCUUCCCCUGCAAGGCCGCGGAGCUCGUCAAUGACUACGGCAAAGGCUGGAGCCUCAAGUACCGGGCCAUGAGCCAGUACCACAUGGCCGUAGCCUAUCGCCUGCUGGGCCACCUGGGCAGUGCCAUGGAGUGUUGCGAGGAGUCUAUGAAGAUUGCACUGCAGCACGGGGACCGGCCACUACAGGCCCUCUGCCUGCUCUGCUUUGCUGACAUCCACCGGAGCCGUGGGGACCUGGAGACGGCCUUCCCCAGGUACGACUCCGCCAUGAGCAUCAUGACCGAGAUCGGAAACCGCCUGGGGCAGGUGCAGGUGCUGCUGGGCGUGGCCAAAUGCUGGGUGGCCAGGAAGGCACUGGACAAGGCUCUGGAUGCCAUCGAGAGAGCCCAGGACCUGGCCGAGGAGGUGGGGAACAAGCUGAGCCAGCUCAAGCUGCACUGCCUGAGCGAGAGCAUCUACCGCAGCAAGGGGCUGCAGCGGGAGCUGCGUGCGCACGUCGUGCGCUUCCACGAGUGCGUGGAGGAGAGCGAGCUCUACUGCGGCCUGUGCGGCGAGUCCAUAGGCGAGAGGAACAGCCGGCUGCAGGCCCUGCCCUGCUCCCACAUCUUCCACCUCCGGUGCCUGCAGAACAACGGGACACGGAGCUGCCCCAACUGCCGCCGCUCGUCCAUGAAGCCUGGCUUUGUGUGACGCCCUCAGCAGUCUUGGGCUUCGGCCUCGCCUCCCUGCUCCUUCUCCACCGUCACCCUGGAGACCCCUGCCCUCCCUGCCUCGACGACCGUUUACUCCUGGGGCAGCUGCCAGGGACUCCCCGCUGGCACCCCUCGAGGCCCAGUUGCCCUCUCUCGCCUCUUCGUACUUUGCUCUUUAUAGGAAAAUAAACCGUUUGUACCUGG